AUGCUCACAUGCACACUCGUGAAGAGGUUGGCAUUGCUGUUGAGACUACACAGGAUCUUGAAGCAUCCUUCGCAUGGGCACCUCCACUCUCGACCGAGCCUCGCGAUGCAAAUGACUUGCUUGCUGUUCCAGAGAGUAUAUUGCCUGACGAUAUCACUGCUGAGUUUGCAGCCCUCGAGGAGUUGAAAAGGACUGAAGGAGUUCAGAACAUUAAUGGAGUUGAAGUGCUCGAGGGAAACACUUUUGAUUUUGACGAGUCGAACAAGGAAUAAUACCACAGGCUAUUCUAGAUGAGGUUGAGGUGGUUAAUUACAAUGGCGAGGAUGAAAGAUGGGACGAGGCAAAAUUGAUGUCAUCGUUAGGAAUGUCGUACACAAAGUCUGCAUAGCUUAGCUAGGCGCCUAGAGUUUUGCUGGUUAUGACCGGCAGAACUAAAUCCAAGGAGUCCUGCCCCCCACACUUCCUUGUGCAUAUGCAAUUUUCACUUUUUGAUGUUCAUUCUAGCCAAUUGGCGCGAAAUCAGAGGGAGGUUGUUACCACCGCCUGCUAGGCUUAGUGCACCGUGAAUACGGCAUGAACGACUGAUAGGUGAGUCACAGGUGAAUCUCACCGGUUGUUGACUCUUGGGUUCACAGUAUAUGGA